AUGGAUAUUGCAAGGAUUUUCCACAAAUGUCUAUUGGAAUAUACCUUAGCUGAUAAAAUUCAGGGUAUCACAGUCGAGAACGCAACUGCAAAUACCAAAUUGAUGUAUGAACUUGGAAAACUACUGCCACAUUUUGAUUCGGAUAAUCAACAUUUUCGAUGCAUUGCUCACAUCUUGAACCUGGGCGUACAAGAUUUAUUGAAUAACUUAGCGUUAAAUAUUGAAACUUACCGUCAAGAACAAGAACAGCAGUGUGAAGACGAAGACGAGCAAGUUGAAGAAUAUGUGCCAAAUAUUUCUGACUCAAGUACGGCUAUUACAAAAUUACGCAGUAUUUGUAGUAAAAUAAAAAGAAGUGAGAUGUUGAAGAGGAAGUUCCAGUCGGCUUGUGAAACAGCUGGUGAGCCAACAAAUGUGAGUCUCAUACUGAACUGUCCAACAAGAUGGAAUUCCACACAUGAUAUUAUUGGAUUAUGUUUAAAACUAAAACCUGGCAUUAACAUAUUAUGCACUUCUGUGUCUGAUUUGAGUAAUUUUGUAAUAUCAGAAAUUGAUUGGAAAAUACUCGAAAAAAUAUAUAAGUUUUUGAUAAACUUUAAACUUCUAACAACGAAACUUGGUGGAGAAAAAUAUGUAACAUUACCGCUAGUGAUUGUGUCGUUCAAUCUUCUGCUUGAUAAAAUUGAAGCUAUGAUAAAACAAUUAGACGACAAACCUAAUCGAACCGAAGUAGAUGAGAGGCUCAUUUUGGGUUUCCAAGCCGCCCAAAAUAAAAUGCUUAAGCAUUAUAGGAUGAUCAACUGGAUUUACUGUACCACCUUCAUUUUAGAUCCAAGGCACAAAUCUCAGACUUUCGAAAUGACACUAUGGGGACAACAACUAAAAUCUGAAAGCCUGCGUAAAUUUGAAGAACUUUACAAGGAAUAUAAAAACCUACAUGCAGUGCCUGGAUCUCCAGGAUUACCAAGACAUGACAAUGAAGUAUGUGAAUAUGAUGAAGACGAAGACGUAAUCGAUUUUAAUAAAUUGUAUGCAUGCCCCUCUACAUCAUCUGGAUCUGGUAUUCAACGCUUCAAUAACAAUGAGUUCGAGGAUUAUCUAUAUAAACCGAGGGCCGCAAGUUCGGAAGACAUCCUACAGUGGUGA